UUCCGGUUUCCUGAUGCGUCUCUUUCCGGUCGCUGCCUCUUUCCUUCCCUUCUACGCUGAGCUCGGCCUGGGAGAUCAGCGGCCGCAGCCAUGGCGCUUUACAACUUUAAGAAGAUUAUGGUGGUCCCGGCCGCUAAGGACUUCAUAGAUCUGACUUUGUCCAAAACCCAAAGAAAGACGCCGACUGUAGUUCACAAACAUUAUCAGAUCAACCGAAUUCGGCACUUUUAUAUGAGGAAAGUGAAGUACACUCAGCAGAAUUACCAUGACCGCUUGUCCCAGAUACUCACGGAUUUCCCUAAACUGGACGACGUGCAUCCGUUUUAUGCCGAUUUAAUGAACGUCCUGUAUGACAAAGAUCAUUACAAACUGGCACUGGGACAGCUCAACAUAGCCAAGAAUCUCAUUGACAAUGUGUCUAAGGAUUAUGUGAGACUGAUGAAAUACGGCGACUCACUGUAUCGCUGCAAGCAGUUAAAGCGAGCGGCUCUGGGGCGCAUGUGCACAAUUAUCAAAAGGCAGAAGCAGAGCCUGGAGUACCUGGAACAAGUGCGGCAACAUCUUUCCCGUCUGCCAACCAUUGAUCCCAACACCAGAACCCUCCUGUUGUGCGGUUAUCCAAACGUGGGCAAAUCCAGCUUCAUAAACAAGGUGACCAGGGCAGAUGUAGAGGUGCAGCCGUACGCCUUCACCACAAAGUCCUUAUUCGUGGGACAUAUGGAUUAUAAAUACCUACGGUGGCAGGUUGUAGACACCCCCGGAAUCCUUGACCACCCACUAGAGGAGAGGAACACCAUAGAGAUGCAGGCAAUCACUGCCCUCGCUCACUUGCGUUCUGCCAUUCUCUACGUGAUGGACAUCUCCGAGCAGUGUGGCCAUUCCAUAGAACAACAGCUGGAGCUCUUUAGCAACAUCCGUCCCCUCUUUUCCAAUAAACCUCUGAUUAUUGUCGUGAAUAAGUGUGAUAUUAAGAGGGUCUCUGAACUCCCUGAAGAACAACAGAAAAUAUUCCAGGAUUUGGAAAAUGAAGGGCUGACCGUGAUCGAGACCAGCACCCUCACUGAGGAAGGAGUGAUGACUGUCAAAACGGAGGCUUGUGAUCGACUUCUGGUUCAUCGCGUUGAAAACAAAAUGAAAGGCAACAAGGUGAACGACGUACUGAACCGGCUGCACUUGGCCAUACCAGCGAAGAGAGACGGGAAGGAGCGACUGCCAUUUAUUCCUGAGGGUGCACUAGAGAGAAAGAAGCGCAUGGUUACAGAUGCGCCUAAAAAGAGACUGGAAAGGGACAUUGAAAUGGAACUGGGAGACGAUUAUAUCUUGGAUCUGCAGAAAUACUGGGACCUGAUGAAUCCCACUGAGAAACAGGACAUAAUACCUGAAAUCUGGCAGGGUCACAAUAUUGCUGAUUAUAUUGAUCCGGAGAUCAUGAAGAAACUGGAGGAGCUGGAGAAAGAGGAGGAACUGCGGGAAGGCGCUGGAGAAUACGACAGUGAUCCCGAGAGCGAGGACGAAGAAAUGGUCGAAAUCAGAGAACUGGCACAGCAGAUCCGCGAGAAGAAAAAGCUGAAGUUCCUCGCGUCAAAGGAGAAAGAUAUACACGGGCCGAGACUGCCCAGAACUGCUAAAAAGGUGCAACGCAAGUCCUUGGAGAAGGAGAUGAGUUCCCUGGGUCUUGACAUGACCGAGAAAGACGAGACACAUUACGCUACUCAGGCGAGAUCAAGGAGCGUGCAAAGAAAACGCAAGAGGGAGGAGUCUGAGCCGCCCGCCACUCGCUCCCGCAGCAGAAGCGUCUCCAAGACUCCGCGAGACCAGUCUGGAAUGCGUGAUGUCAAGAUGGUGAAAAAGGCUAAGAAGAUCAUGAAGAAUUCCCAGAAGAAGAACAAUCGUUUGGGCAAGAAAGGCGAGGGCGACAGGCACGUGUUUGAUCUGAAACCCAAGCAUUUAUUUUCCGGCAAGAGGAAAUCGGGGAAGACAGACAGCAGAUAAAGUGUUAAUAAUGAAAUCCUCUGCUUUAAUGGACCUUAUAUACAGAAUAUUUAGUAACCAUCACAUAAGGAUGCCAUGCACCCAUCCAGCUCUCCUUUCUUUCUGUUACUGUACUUACAGGGAGAUAGAAAUCAUGUGCCGUUUCACAAGUUUCCCAUGAGAAGCCGUGCAUAACAAAUCAUUGUCUGGUACAUUUGCAGAGAAUUUACUGAGAUUUCCCAUAUGAAUUAACUGUCAAUUUAUUUUUUUUGGUUAAAAAUUCAACACAAAAUCUUUGCUGUAAUCAGUGCCAGGAUGCUGGUCAGAGAUGUUUGUGAAUAAUAAACAUGGAACAUCUGUU